AACAGGGUUAUAAUCUUGAUUUCCUUCCUGGUCUGUGCGGCAGUGUUUCGCAAUGGCUGUGAGAGACGGAGUUGUGAUUUUGCUUGCCAGUUUCAGCCUCGUUACAGGUACUGCUACAAACGUUGCCCUGAACAAACCCGCAUGGAUGAGUUCAGCCUUGGACGGAAAUCAUCCUGCCAGCAAAGCUGUCGAUGGAGAUACAAGGGCCAAUCAUUUCAAUCAUGUAGCCCACACUGGGAUAGGACAAACUACCGCUUGGUGGAAGGUGGAUCUGCAGACACAAGUACAAUCAGCACGGAUUAUCCUGUACUUCAGAACAAACUACAUUACUAGACGUAAUGGCGUGCAGCUGUACACAUCAGGGACAAAUUCACUUGAUCCCAAAGAAGGAAAUCUAUGCCACACUGUAACAGGGCGUCCUAAGGGUACAGACAUCGAUGAUAUACUGAAUGUGACCUGUCCUGGGACCUGGCGAUACCUGACUGUCUACACAGAGACUAAUAAUGACGGAGGCGGUGUUAUAUUAGACUUUGCUGAAGUGCAGGUGUGGACGUGCUCUGUUGGCAUGUAUGGGGUCAGCUGUAACAAAGGCUGUAACUCUCGCUACUGCGACGGUUCAACCGAGUCGUGUGAUUCCUUCACCGGGGCGUGUUCAAGUGGACAGUGCCAGACAGGAUGGACAGGAAUAGACUGUGCAGUCUGUGUGGAGGGAAAGUACGGUCCGAUUUGUGCCAGAUACUGCAGCUCCAGACAGUGCAAGGUAUUCUCUUCCACGUGUGAUCGUAUCACUGGAACCUGUGGUGAUGUCGGAUGUAAUGACGGAUGGAUGGGGGCGGAUUGCUCCACAGAGUGUUCCACUGGAAAAUACGGUGCUAACUGUGCCAAGGACUGCAGCUCUAGACACUGUAAGACGUCUUCCAGCAUUUGUAACCGAAUCAGUGGAGCCUGUCCAGAUGAUGGUUGUCAGGACGGAUGGAUGGGAGCAGACUGCAGAACAGUGUGUACCUCUGGAAAGUACGGUGCUAACUGCGCCAAGGACUGCAUCUCCCGACAUUGCAAGACGUCUUCCCCGACAUGUCACCGAAUCAGUGGCGCCUGCUAUGCUGACAAGUGUGAGGAGGGAUGGAAGGGGGUGGACUGUACUUCAGAAUGCACCUCCGGGUAUUAUGGAACUAACUGUGGAAGAGACUGCACUCUUCGUAACUGUAAGGGGGACUCCAGCUGUGACAGGAGACAAGGGCAGUGUGAAGGUGGAUGUGCGGCUGGGUAUAAGGGAACAGAUUGUACUGAAGCGUGUACCGGUCUGAUGUACGGUCCUAACUGUGUGAGUUACUGCAGUGCCCGACAUUGUAAAACAAACUCAUCUACAUGUGACGGAGUGUCAGGAGAGUGUCUUGGUGGCUGCGAAGAUGGGUGGACAGAACUAGACUGCUCCAGAAACUGCCAGGAUGGCUAUUAUGGCCAAAACUGUUUCAUGAAAUGUGAUGACAGACAUUGUACCAAUGCAUCCUGUCCUGGCGACGGAGCAUGUAGUGCUGAAUGUGAGCCGGGCUGGACUCUCCGGACUGCACACAAGAUGUUCUUUUCCACAGAGUGCUCCAGUAGAACGUAUGGCAUGAACUGUAACAAAACCUGUGGCCAGUGUGCUAACAGCGACACAUGCCAUCAUGUUACUGGGAUCUGUGCUGAUGGAUGCGAUGCAGGGUGGCAAGGUGAACUGUGUCAGAAAGGUUGUGGCAAAGGCACAUUCGGGUCGAACUGUAAGAGUCACUGCGGCAACUGUAACGGGACAUGUAAUGUUGUUGAUGGAAGAUGUCUCUGGGGUUGUACCGAGGGAUACAAUGGUUCUCACUGCUCUGUGAAGCUUCCUCCUCGAAAUGCACCAGACCAGUCGGAGUUUACUGUAGCAGCUGUGGCGGGAACAGUCGCAGGUUUACUUGUUGCGAUAGUAGUCAUUGUUGCUGUUGUCCUCGUCAGAAGGAGGAGACGGCGGUUUCAACGAUAGUGAAAUAAACAAACAAGUUGAGUUUCACCCUAAAGCACAUAGUAAAACAACAACAAG